GGGGGCGAGCAAACGGCGCCGCUUCCCCAGCGCGGCUCCACAGGUCCCGCUGCGCACCGGCGGCGAGGCUCCGGGGCUGGGGGGCGGCAGCCCGGCCCCCGGCACGGCGACGACCACCCGGCCCUGCGGCCCGGCUGGGGGGCGGGGGGCUGCUCCCGCAGCGUCCCGGGCUGGCCCUUACCGAUGCGCGGCACGUAGCGUUUUGCAGGAAGUUUCCACGCUCGCUCCCCGGUUUAAUCCGUGCGGAGCGGGGCUGGAGGGGAGCGCGGCUGAACGGCGAUGGAAGGGGGCGGGCGGGGAGGAGGCGGGGGCGGCGGCAGCAGCGGCCGUGUUUAAUUUUUUAAUUAGGGCGGCUCGAGCAUCUCCCGGCGGGGUGGCAGCGCCGGGCGGCGAGGGGAGCUCGGGCGAGCCGCCCCCGUUCCCGGGGCCCGGAGCCGCGCAACGCCCCGCGCUCCGCCACCAUGGGCAGCGCGGCCGCGCAGGAGAAGGGCAAAGAAGCAAUAGAGGUGAAAAUCCCGCAGAGUCACCAGGAUGUGAUGCCCAAUGAUGAGCAGUAAUUACUGCAGCAACACUUCAGCCAGCAUGAGUGUCAAUGAAAUGUCUGCCUUUCCUCUGACUUUAGAGCAAAAAACUGGCUUUGCUUUUGUGGGGAUUUUGUGUGUUUUCUUGGGACUUCUAAUUAUCAGAUGCUUCAAAAUCUUGCUAGACCCCUACAGUAGUAUGCCCUCUUCUACGUGGGAAGAUGAAGUUGAGGGGUUGGAUAAAGGAACAUUUGAAUAUGCUCUUGCAUGAAAACUCACAGAAUAUCCUGCCUUAAAUUUGAUGUUGAUUUCAUUUUGGAAACCAACUGUUGUCACAUUUGUUAUACAUACCUGCAUUUUGGAGAUAUGUUGGUGGCAUCCAUUUUGUUAAAUAAAUAUUUGUUGCAAACUCCAAA